GUUCACAGAACUCAGCCGGGGCAGUGGGGCCUGUCUUGGGCUGGCCACAUGCUUGCCAUAGGGUUGGCUGUCCUAGGGGAGGGGUGGCAGGCUGGGCUCUGAAAUUGUGCAAAGAGCAGAGGUGUAUUUAGCACCCUCAGGGCUGAUUUCUAUCUUCCCCCGGAUUGCAGGGCCCCAGGGCAAGGGCCCAGCCCUCAGCUUGGCCAGCUAAGGGCCCCCGUGCAGGCCGACGGCGCGGCUCACCACAUGUCACUAAAUGCUGGGUCCGCUUGAAAUCCCAAGUACACCCCCGCCCCAGCCCCCUCCGGCCUUCUGUGGCUCAGCCUGGGCAUACAGUUGUAGCUAUAGUGCUCUUUCCAACUUUCGAUAGCUUUUGAUAUCACAGCACUUUUUUGAUGUAAAGCAAAUCAGAUUUUAUACUACCUUGGCGUGGCUCACUACUUAAAAGAAUCUUAUAGUUCGGUUAGUUUGUAAAACAAAGAAUAGUCCUCUAAUUUAUCUGUUCUGUUCAGACUUUCAUAUGUCAGUCCUGCCGAAAAGGGGCAGACACCUCUUACUGGGGCUUCUAUGUCCUCUUGGACAGAAGGAACAGCAAAAGGCAUCUUAGACUAGAGUUCAAGGCCAACAGAUGCCUUCGUGCCAUGGUGGAGGCCCCAGGGCAGGGUCCAAGGGCUAUUCCUGUUUCUCUGUGGUUUACUGAUAAGUUCCUGGUGAUCUGUCACUUCCUUCAUUCCAAGGAGAGUUAAGCCCUGUGGAUGCCGAUCUGUGGCACCCGCUAAAGCAGGUGUGUUUUAGCCGCAGGGGCAGAAGAACGACCUCUCAAGGAGGUGGGCAGUCAGAUGGUUACUGUCAGCUCACGAGCCGGAUCCUCCACUCCCUGAGUUCCUCCCAUCCAACCCUGGAUGGGCGGUGGUGGGGUCAUAGGCCUUGCCCCGGACCAGGCGAGUGGCACCCACGGGCCAAGCAAGUGCCCUCCCCACAACUCCUUCCAGAAACGGAACACCAAGUUCUGUGCAAGGUUGUGCUAAGCCUAGGCGGGGCAAGCUGCCAAAGCAGAACUCUCAGGCUGUCCCCUUCAUGCACUCGCCUCUCCAGGGUGCCCUGAAAGUAUUUCCCCGGCCACUCUCACCCCCUCCUCCGCUUUCUAAGUGGGAGCUGCACAAGAUCUCCCCGGGGUUUCUCCCGCUACUUGAACUCAGCUGGAGGGACAGAGCUAGCAAUGUGGGAUCUACUUCCCAUACAAGAGGUAGGAAGGAAUCCAUCAGGCAUGCGCUCUGGGCAUGAGGCUGAGUAUGUGGAGGGACAGGGGACAACAGCAGCAACGGGCCCACGGAGGCAGACACUCAACCCAUUCCAAGCCUAGGAAGCACCCCUCUCGGCUCCAGGGACCACCAUGACCGAGGCCGGCUGGUGGAAGCUGACCUUCCUCCGGAAAAAGAAAUCAGCUCCCAAGGUGCUGUAUGAGAUCCCUGACACCUAUGCUCAAACGGAGGGCAGCGCUGAGGCCCCGAGGCCCGAGGGCGGGGGCCCCAACGGCAACUUUAACACCCGCCUGGAGAAGAUUGUGGACAAGAAUACAAAAGGCAAGCACGUCAAAGUCUCCAAUUCGGGCCGUUUCAAGGAGAAGAAGAAAGUCCGGGCCACGUUGGCAGAGAACCCCAACCUCUUUGACGACAGGGAGGGCAACGGACAGUGAGGGGGCCCAAGAAGGACGCGGACACCUCCCUACUCCUGCCGUCAGCCGGAUCUGAGACAGGAGCUUGCCACGCCGGCCUCCUUGGCCACAGCUAACGCCCUGGGGGCAGUUGAUGCCUGCUGGCAGGAAAUGGCUGGUUUUAGGUUUGUAUUUAUGUGCCUCAGCUUUCUGGAAGGUCUGGGUUCUCCCAGGUUCCCCCCACGUCCCCCAGCACGUACAAAGGCACUCCAGUCCAAGGAUGAAAAGUCCCACCCAGGAAGGACAGCCCUCCUCAAAGUCGUGGCGCCGGCAGGGAGGUGGGCAUGGUGAGGGACGGAGGGAGGGGGCGGACAGAUUUCGCCUCCUCCGGGGGGCACAGGGUCAAGGGUGAGUUUCGAUUUCUGCUCCCACAACUGUUCCCUGGACCAAUUCUGAGCGUGACUUUUCCUGAAGCCACAUGAUGGAGUGGUUUCCUGGAGCUGGAGGAGGCCGAGACCCUGAACUUGAGCUCACCUCCUACCACAAGAGGGAAAUUUCCUGGAACUUGCUCCCAGGUGUGCAGGGAGAGGAGGUCACUGGCACUCUGGUGGGGAGGGGUGCUGCUGCAGAAAUCCAGGUGAGGGACCCCAAGGGUUCCUGCACACCUCCUCAAAGGGAUGCUGCACUGGCUCAUGGGUCCAAAUUUGGGGAGCAGGUAGGGAAGCUGUGGUAGGACCUAAAAGCAGUCAGCUCUCUUCUCCCCUCCUACUGGUAUUUAAGAAGGACAAGCCCCAGAGAUGAGUCCUGGAGCUUUGAAUUUUGUUUAAAAAAAUAGUAAUUGUAGGUUUCUCUCUUUGUAAUAAACAAUGCUGCAAAAGCAGAGAACCUAUUUAUGCUUUUGUCUUACAUUUCCUGAGGACUGUUUCUCAUGCCUUUAUUCCCUGCCUGUAAGUGAAGUGCUCAGGGUUCCUGUCAAGCAUCAGGAAGGGUCCCCAGGGGGUGCCUGGCUGGCUCAGUCGGUAGAGCACGUGACUCUUGAUCCGAGGGUUGUAAGUUCAAGCCCCACAUUGGGUCUAUAGAUUAUUAAAAAUAAGAUCUUUUUUAUUAAAAAAGAAAGGGGGUUGUCAGUAUAAAAAUACAGCAAAGGAAGAGGCAGUUUCAGCUCAGUGGUCAACAGAGAGACCAUCAGGGGCUCUAGAGAGUGGAGGAGACCUUUGGUGACUGACCCCACAGUUGCGGGUGUUUGGUUU